AUGGCGGAGGUCCGUCCCUCGCGCAGCCUGUUUGUGGACACAGACAGCAUCCUGACCAACAACCAGACCCUCAAGUUCCUCAUGGCGCAGAACAAGUCAGUGGUCGCCCCCAUGCUGGACUCCCAGACCUACUACUCCAACUUCUGGUGUGGGAUAACACCCCAGGGGUACUACCGCCGGACAGCUGACUACUUCCCCACCAAGAACCGCCAGCGCGUGGGCUGCUUUGCUGUCCCCAUGGUUUACGCCACGUUCCUGAUCGACCUGCGGAAGGAGGAGACAUCCCAGCUGGCCUUCUACCCUCCCCACCCCAACUACACUUGGUCCUUUGAUGAUAUCAUUGUCUUCGCCUACUCGUGCCAGGCUGCCGGCGUGGAGGUCCACGUGUGCAACCAGCAGCGCUUCGGCUACAUCAACGUCCCCGUGAAGGCCCACCAGACGCUGGAGGACGAGCGCGUCAACUUUGUGCAUCUCACGCUGGAAGCCAUGGGUGAGCGCCUGCCAGUGAACUGCCCCCUGGGCAUGUCCCCCUACCCCGAGCUGGGCCACGCUCUGUCUUGGGAUUUGUUCUCCUGGGUCUGCUCUGCCUUCCCCAGCGAGGAUUACAAGCGGCACUUUGCCCCGCGGGACCUGCUGGUGUAUUCGGCUCACCCCCUCCUGGUGUAUCCCACCCACUACGCCGGGGACACCAACUGGCUGAGCGACACGGAGACCUCCACCAUCUGGGAUGACGACUCCAAGAAGACGGGCUGGAACGGCUCACAGAAAACCCUGAAGGACGCUCGGGGCGGCGCGGGCCCCUCGCUGCGCUCGGCCACCCGCGACGAGCUCUGACGGGAUGUGACACUGUGACCAAGGUGGGAACGUCAUGGGCCACUGCCCCACAGCUGGUCCUGCCCCCUCAUGGUUGAGAGACACAGCUGCCCUGGCUGGAUCCCCCCAGGGUCCUUCGAACCGUGCACGUGGCGGGCCUCGACACCGAUUUGUCCCAAGGGCUCUGAGCAAGAACCCCGAGCUC